GACUGGCUUGAUGAGUCCUCAAAGCGGAGCCUGUUCGAAGCGCUCGAACCAGAACUUUCAUCUUCAUCUGGAUUGCAGCUCAUGGCUGUUGAUGGCAGCGACUUGGCGACCUAUAGUACCAAAGGAGUGGUAGCCGACGAGUGGGAUAUACCAUCCGACCUUUUUGAGAUUGCAACGGCCGGACAAAGCGAAAUUGUCUGCUUUGGGAUGCGUGGUCAAGAACACCUUUCGAGCUACUUUCCCGUAUGUCUGGACUCAUCCAGCCGCUUUAGCUCUGAAAAUUACAGAACACUACGGGGUCAAAUUCAGGAUGAUUAUGGCCAUAUGAUUGAGGGGCUUCUGGAAGAGAAGUCACUCAACCUACAGGUUAGGUGCAUACUCGAUCAACGGCAUAGCGUUGCCAAGAAGAAAGGGCGCGGUCAUCUUGCAUUGGCUUGUUCACUCGAGAUCUCUGUUUACGGCCCUUUUGAAUUGUUUGAUGACACCGGCGGUUGGUUCCAAGACUAUGAAGUCUACUUGCAAGACCCGGCAAUCUGCUAA